UAGUGGACGGAACGCUUCUUUCAGCAGCAGCAACAGUGAGUCAGACAUCUCGGUAGCUUGCUAGACAAAUUAGCCGAACCAAUAUAGCUCUUUAGACGCUUUCGUGUAUAUUAGCCACUGUGUUUUAAACCCAUUGCUGUCGUCUAGUUAGUUAUCCGAUUUAAUUUCAUAUUUACGGUGUAGUUAUUAUUAUUCAGCUAGCGGGGUGGUUAAGUUAGCAUUAGCCUUAGCUAACAUCCCCGACCAUGCGGUCACCAAGCUACUCUCCUUCUAAUGAAGAGAAGGAUAUCACAGUAAAACAAGAAGUAGAGAGUGGGGCCUUUACUGUGAAAGAAGAGGAGGACGCGUUCAGAGUGAAAGACGAGGAAGAUAUCACAGUAAAACAAGAAGUAGAGAGUGGGGCCUUUACUGUGAAAGAAGAGGAGGACGCGUUCAGAGUGAAAGAGGAGGAUGGUGUUACAGUGAAAGGAGAGCAUGUAGUUUAUGGCGUGAAAGAGGAGGGGGAGGAGAUGACUGUAACAUCGAAAGAGGAGGAACGUGGAUAUCUGGUUCCGGUUUCCCAAACGCAUCUUAAGGCGUCCAAUGGUUCUAACGAUGAACUCAACCGUAAGAUGGUUUUGAGAAACCGUUCCCUGAUUAACACUAUAUGUCAUGCAACAACAACCAAAGUGCUUCUUCGUUCAUUACAGGAGAGAGACGUGACUAUCGUGGAUCCUCUGGGGAGCCGCAACAACCUCAUGAUGCUGAGGAGACAGAGAAGAGUCUCUCCAGAUCAGAACACCUCAAUAAACACCCGCAGAGACCCACAAGGAAGAGAACUCACUGCUGCUCUGACUGUGGGAAGAUAUUCACAUCAUCAGGCAUUAAAAUUCAUCAGAGAACACACACAGGAGAGAAAUCUUAUAGCUGUGGUCAAUGUUGGAGGAGUUUUACAACAUUAAUCUCUCUGAAAGUACACCAGAGAACACACACGAGAGAAACGUUAUAGCUGUGAUCAUUGUGGGAAGAGUUUUGUUUAUGCUUGCCAUCUGACUCAACACCAGAGAACACACACAGGAGAGAAACCUUAUAGCUGU